CGGGUUAAACUGGCAAUUCACAUAGCACUGGAUUUACCGGACUCCACCUGUCGCGAGCCCUGUUUUGUUCUGUCAGUGUCGCAGCAAACGAUAACAGCGCGCUGUGACAGAGGUCGGCACGAGACACAAACACAGGAGCGAGACCUGGCUUGUUCUUUUUUUCGUUUACAGAGGACAGAGGGGGAAACAACAACCAUAACUCCGGUGGAUGGUUUUAUCCGCAGUGUCUCAGCCAGCCAGCCAACCGGGGAGCAGAAUGUCAAGACAGCAGCACCGGACGCCGUUAAAACUCACCGACAACGUGGUGGAGGUCAAGAGCAAAUUUGAGGCAGAAUACCGGCGCUUUGCUCUAAAGAGGAAUGGCCCGGGUGGGUUUCAGGAGUUCUACUGCCUCCUCCAAACCAUCCAUCGCAUCCCUGGUGUCGACGUGCUGCUGGGAUAUGCUGACAUCCAUGGAGACCUCCUUCCAAUCAACAAUGAUGACAACUUCCACAAAGCUGUCUCCUCAGCCAAUCCACUGCUCCGCAUUAUCAUAACCAAGAAAGAGGAUGAACCGGUAGUUUUUGCCACCAACUCCCUUCAGAGGCGUAAAAAGGGGCUGGGCUUAACCGGACUGCGCACCACCGGCUCAGGCUCCACUCAUUCAAAGAACAAACCAGGGCUUAUGAUUGGCCUGCCACAAAACUUCAGACAGAUCUCAUCCAUUAUUGAUGUGGACAUCUUACCUGAAACACACCGACGUGUACGACUCCACAAGCACGGUACCCACAAACCACUGGGCUUCUACAUCCGUGAUGGGGUUAGUGUUCGGGUGACACCACAGGGCGUAGAGAAGGUCCCAGGGGUUUUCAUUUCUCGUCUGGUACGUGGCGGGCUAGCAGAAAGCACAGGGCUGCUGGGAGUUAAUGACGAGAUCCUGGAGGUCAAUGGCAUCGAUGUAGCAGGAAAAUCUUUGGAUCAGGUUACAGACAUGAUGGUGGCCAACAGUCACAACCUCAUUGUGACUGUCAAACCGGCUAACCAGAGGAACAAUGUGGUGCAUCGUGGGAGUAAAACCUCGAUGGGCAACUCUGGUUCUGUGGGCUCAGCUGGAUCUACUGGCUCUGUUUUGUCACAUGACUCACCAAGCCCCGCCUCUCAGAGCAAUCCUGUUACUGCAAGCAACAGCAUUGCCGAGGGCGACAGUGAUGAAGAUGAUGAUGAUGAUGAUGAUGAUGAUGAUGGUGACCUUAUUCUGGAAAAUGACUGCCUGACACCCUACGAAUCCCACCGGGUAACCAACAGCAACAACACUAACCUCAACAGAGACUCACCUAGCAACAGGCCGCAUAACUCUGCUGAAGUCAGGCCCCUCCCACAGAGCGUCUCAUUGCCUAAUAGCGUUGGCGCAUCCCUGAGUGACAGCUCCAUGGUGGUGUCCAGUCACAAUGGAAACCCCACCCACACGUCUAGUAGCAGUCAAGAGAGCAUGAGAGAGGAUGGCAACAUAUUAACACUGUAACCAUGACAACACUGACAGCUACACUGCAAAAGUCAGGAAAAUGGACUGUUACAACCAGAGUGCUAUAACCAUGACAACUCCAGAUGGCUUUUCUCCUGAACAGACUCAGUGGCACUUCUUCUUUUAAAGCUUUCUCCUGUUGACUUACUGAUAGUUUCUCUUCUUAAAGUGCAGAAAGAUUAGGAACAGUGACUGCACUGCAUAGAGACAGCACACAAUCCACCAGCUUAACAACACUCGUAACACUUUAUAUGUCUGCCACUUGUGGCUGAGUUAUAUAGACACCUGAAUUGUCAAGUUCAAAACAAUAAUUUGUGGCUACCCAAAGGAAAUUAUUAACUGAUCAAUGUAGACUCAUAGGGAGCAACAACACUGAGAAAUAACUGUUAAUGCCCUUGUAAAAGCCAUAGAUUGUUAGUUUGAUGUGUUGUUAAGUCAUCCUUAUUCCAACAUUGUUUAUGAAGUACGACAAAACUACAAACCGACACCAAACACAAACAUCAGUUUUAACUGCAGGAUAGCUGAUGUGUUCAUUAUAACAAGACAAUGAAGGCACAAUAUAAAGUGAAUCCUUAAGGGCGCUAUUUUACUAAACAACCAUUGCAAGCAGCGCUCCGACAAUUUGGUGAUUGCCUGACAAUGAAAUUCUCUUUGCCCACGUCUGUUUCCAGAGCAAAGUCACUCUGCUGUCAAUUGAGGGAUUUUCACAAUUGCACAGCAAUAAUGGAAUUAUCUACUAGGCCUACUGCUACUACAAGCUUUUCCACCAGUAGUUGAAUUUAAAUUGAACUGUGAAAUUAAAGUUUAUUGUGGGUAAAGCAGAACCGUCAGUAGAAUUAAAUAUGAGUGAUUGCUCCAGUAUGUGUUGUCCACAGCUGGUUUAUACUGCAUUAAAAGUUUCUCCUUCAGGUCAUUAAAUGGUUGCAGACAUGUGAAGGCAGCAGGAUACAGGUGGUGAUAAAUCUGCAGCCUCUGUUUUGAGUUCUGUUUAGAGCUCAGUUGUUUUACAGCUAUAAGAGCAGUGUGACAGGCGAAGAGUGGAUUUUUUAUUCACCACAUCCUUUGAUCAAUAUUCCACUUCACCCAGCCCAUUUGCACUUUAUAUUGCUGCACAUACAUGAACCAAAGUAUGAGGUGGAGAUGCACACACAGAUUCAACUGGUUUAAACCACUUUAAAGUGAGAUCAAAGGGGUCUAUCAAAUAUGAUUACUGUGGAUCAUAUAUAAUGAUUCUGAUUUUACAAAUAAUGUCAUCAACAGUUAUUCAUAAAAUAGGAUGGAGAUGAGAUGGAAAGGUGAAGGUGAGGUAUAGGUACACAGUGACUAUAUUUUAUGAUUUUCACAUAAUUUAAGAAUUAAUAAAAUGCAAACAUCAGUUCCCUCCCUAGUAUAGCAAACUUUAAUCAUAUAUACACAAACACAUGGAUAUGCACACAAACACACUAUAAACCAUCAGGGAGCAGGGGUCAGAAUAUUGAAAUUCCUGUCAUGGUUGAACAAUCUGAGUGUAGCGUGAGUGUCUUAUCUGACUCAUAUAAAUCUGUGUGUGUAUGUGUGUGUUUAUGCAUGUGUGAGGUCAUGGUGUUGUUGUUGGAGCUCUGGGGGUAUUGCCUUACAGUCAGAAAUGUUGGCUUACUCAGUCACACACGGCACUCUUUCUUUACAGUCCUCUGUCUCACAUCCUACUUUCAACCACACUAAAAUAUUUUUUGACUGACUGUCAAACACAAUCAAUGUUACACUCAAGUUUACAAAAUAAUAUCAGCUAUGUGAUGUACAACAGAAGAUGGACAAUGGUCAUAAACCAUCUUUGUAAACUUGGCCUUGGGUGAUGCCAAGGCCGUGCUUACAACUAUAGUUGUAUGUUUUCAUAUAUAAUUCAUCAGAAAUAAAAAAUUAUAACACCCUAACAGAUAUAUUAUACAGAGCUCCAUAGUCUGCUUGUGUUUAGUGUCCACUCACAGUGUGAAUGCUCUUUCAGUGCUAUGGUGCUCUAAUCCUGCUCAGAAAAGUCCCUGUGCCCUGGAGAAGGUAGAGGAAACCUGUAAGGUUUUUUUUGUUUGUUUGUUUGUUUUUUCUUGUUAUUGUUUUGUGUCUUAAGCAUUCAACAAGCAAACCUUACAGAGGUAGAAGCCAUUUAAUACCCUAAAAGACUUUUGACUGGUUAAAAGCAACUAUUAAAGUAAAUAGUUUUCAAUUUAAAGUAGCAUGAUCACUUUUAGGAACAAAUUAGCUGAUUUAAAUGGGUCUGAUGGCUAUUUCCUCUCGUUGGAGAAACAAACGACCAAUCAGAGCUCUGUAGGAGGGUUUAAAGAUGUAUACAUCAUCGUCCUGUAUUUGUAGAUAUAUGAAGCUUUAUGAAACAUACUGGCAGGAAAAUGGCAGCAAAAAGGAUGACAAGCAUUUAAGAGAUGAUGAUCAUCAUAUUUCUUAGACCGACCUUUAGCUUGUGAUGGAGUGAAGCAGUCUGUGAGACAUGUUAUUUCUGAUUAGAUGUUUAUACAGAAAACUCCUGAGAUCUAUGAGAGUCAUAAUAUUAUCAAAGUAUCAUCAAGAAUAAUGCUCAAACCUUACCCUGCGUCCCAAAUGUCCAUGAAAGCACAAUGUAUGUCAUUCAGCAAAUUUAAGGUUUGGUUGGGAAGUUUCCUGUGGCAAAUGGAAUUCUUGAUCCCAGUACUGGUCUGUGUGUGCAUAGCUCAGCCUGAUGUAACUGUCUCCUGCUAUGUCAAACGUAGACUGAGAUUCGCUGAAAGGAGUUUCUAUGAAGGCAAAGGAUGUAGCAUCUCUAACCAAACUCUGGCUGCUUAAUAUAAUUGAAACGAGGUACUGAGUUUGAAAUCAAAUCAUAAACACUUAACCAAGUUAUAUCCACUUGGGUCAAUAGGUAAUAGACACUGUCUGGUUGAACGUUCUGCUUGUUAAAAUGCUAUGAGCAAACAGCAAGAGGAACUUAACAGAAAGCAUGAGGAGUGCUUGAAAGAUUGUCUAAGUCCACUGAUGCUGACCUGGAUAUAUUUCGUCAAAGUUUGAUGUAAACAGCUACACACACACACACAAACACACACAAACACACACACAAACACAAAACAGUCACUUUUUUUAAUUUUAAUGUAUGUUACUGUAAAAUACAAAUGUAAAUGCAAGAUUAUAAAACAAGGGAGAUUUUCAUUACCUGGAAGAAGUUUUUAUGUAAGAGAACAUUUUAUAACAUGUAACAUAUGUAGAGUAUUUUUCUUAUUCUUGUACUUUUAAAUUGUAUAUGAGAGGAUACAGGAGGUGAUGUGAACAGUAUGUGUGGUAGGUUGUUGCUGUAUGUAUCAACAUGCGCACAAUGUGCUGUUUGUGUUGAGCAGAUGUGAUUAGAACCACCGCGUAAUUAAAUAUAAAGGAUGUUGUUUUCAGAGAUAGGUAUUUCCAAGUCGAAAUUAUUUUGUAAUAAAUGCAUGCCAAAAUGUUUCAUGUUAAUAAUGAAAAUCCUGGAAUAUUCCCCAAAAGAAGAGUACCAUUGGCAUGUACGUCUGCACAGUCAUUCCAAGGUUCACAUGUCAGGUGCUUACCGUGGCUUAUAAAUUUAUUCAACAUUGUAUGGAUCAUUUGUCUUUGCUGUUGUAUGAUUGAUAUUUUUUGUCCCUACCAACAAGCACAGUGUUUGAAAUCUUCGAGACAAGCACUGGUGGUUUUUUAAGGCAAAUAUUGGGCAACCUUAACAAAAUUCAAGUGUACAGAAUGCAUGAGUGGAUUACCAACUAGGCAAAGUGGACCAGACCACAAGCAGCCCCAAAGGCCCCAGCUUCACUGUGUGGCAAUGUUGGCAACUGAUUAAUUAUAAAUUUGUUUGGUAAUGCGCACCACUAAUGUACAAUAUAAACUGAAGUGACCAAGGGGCAAGGGCCAUCUUUGUCUGUACUAUAUCAGUAUAUAUUAUGCUUACAUGGGAUAUAUUCUUUAUUAAAACUUUGUGUAUUAAAAUGUUCUAUGAUGAGCUAAUAGGGAGGGAGGUGGUGGUUGGCUUAAUAUGGAGCCACAUCUAAUUUUUUUCCCCUGAGGCCCUAACAGGCUAAUCCAGCUAUGAGUAUUAUGUGUACACCAGCAUUAAAGAGACAGUUGACAGUAUUGUUACCCAGAGUCAGGAAAAAAGCUUGAAGUAUCAGAUCCAGGAUCCAGGAAGAAUAGAGGUAGGGGACCCACUCCUACUUAGUUCCAUUUCAAAAGGGCCAUAUUUAUACAUACUCAGUGUGGUGAAUAAAAAUCGGAUUGUAAAAACAAGAAAUGAUUUGUUCAGGAACUAUUAGGAGCUAUUUCUUAACCAAUCACAGUAAUGAGUUGUCAGGUGCCCAAUAAUUAUUUAAGCAUAUUUGUACUAGAUAUAUGAUACAGUAAUUAUGGCAUACAGUAGUUUCAGCUUGAUUUCCAUAAUAGUCAAAUGUGAUGGUUCUGAUUUGAAAGAAGCAUAAUUAUAAAUUGCAAGUUAUUCAUAUCAACAAUGUAUUGUGGAAACCUGACCCUGGAUUUGCCAUGAAUGAUCCAAUCACAAUUCAUCACCUGUUAUGAAGUUUCUGUGACUGUAUUUCAAAACUUUUGUUUGCUUAAAGUGCCAAAUUGUUGUGUUAAGUUUGAUUUAUGGUACAGACACAUUAUACAUGUAACCUAUUUGCCACAUGGCUGUAUGCAAAAUGUGAUUUGGACUGUGGCCUCUGACACAGAUGCAAUUCAAAAAUAUGAUUUAAGUAAAAUGGAACAGUAAUAAAGACAUGUCAGUGUUUUGGAUAA